UCCCCCCCCCCCCACCCAACCAAUCCACUCCUGAUUGAAUCGCCGUCGCAUCCCACCUCUUCCAUCAUGGACGGCGAAGACCUCAUCGCCUCGGUCUACCGCAAGAUCGAGCGGGAAAAGGCCCUCAUCACCGCCGCCUCCAAUAUGCGACAGUCCACCGAUAAUCCGUUGGUACAGCAGAGGGUGGAUGCGAACAUCCGCGAUGGCCGGAAAAACAUUGCCUACCUGGAGGAGAAGAUGAGGGAGCUACAACUGCGUCGGAUCGAUCAGGAUGGUGGCUCCCCCACUGAUAAACGUCUCCCGUCGCCUCCCCCCAAGGACAGUGCCGGUGGUGACAAUGACGAGUAUGGAGAGCCCUCCAGCGCUCAUCAUCCCCACGGAGGUGCCGGCUCCAUGCCGACCGGUGCUCCCUUCAAGGAUCCUCGACCGUUUGCUCCUGUGCCCAAGGCGCGCCCGAAUUAUACGAAGCUUGAUCUGAUCAAAUACGACACGUCUUAUCUCGGCCCCAAGAUUCAGCUCAUGUUGUCCCAACUCGAAUUCAAGCUGAGCGUGGAGAAGCAAUACAAGGCCGGCAUUGAGAAGAUGGUUCGCCUAUACCAGGACGAGGGCGACAGGAAGAGUCGUGCCGACGCCGAGGGUCGGCGCAUUGAGAGUAACCAGAAGAUCCAACUGCUGAAGCAGGCUCUGAAGCGAUAUGAGGAUCUCCACGUUGAUAUUGAAUCGACUGAUACCCCCGAUGACGAAAGUUUAAGCACUCCCAACUUGCGCAAACCCCUCACCGGUCUGUUGACCAUGCGCAUCCAGGCCGUCAGCGAUGUCGAUCAUGCUGCCGGCUCCAGAUUCUCCAGAGGGCCCGAGACCUCCGUCGUCCUCAAGGUCGAGGAUGCCGUUAAAGCCCGGACCAAGCCCACUCGCACCGAUCGAUGGCAGGACGAGACCUUCAACCUUGACAUCGACAAGGCCAACGAGAUCGAACUGACCGUCUACGACAAGUCGGGCGACCGCCCCACCCCGAUCGGCAUGCUCUGGCUGCGCAUUACCGACAUCGCCGAAGAGAUGCGUCGCAAGAAGAUCGAAAUGGAACUGAACCAAUCCGGCUGGGUGUCGGCCGACAGGAUGGACCACGGAAGCGGCUCAGGACGCCCGGAUACUGCAGGUCCCAUGAGCCCUGGUCACAGCUCGGCCUCGGGCGGACCCCCUGGGGCCGGUCCUCAAGGCCAUGGCGGUGCGCCCCCCGGCGCGCCAGGUGGAAACAACGCGCCGAUGAUUGAAUCGUGGUUCGCAUUGGAACCCGUGGGUCGCAUUUAUCUGUCGAUGAGCUUCGCCAAACAACUCAAGGACCGCCGUCCGUUCGACAUCGGUCUCAACCGCCAGGGUGCCGUGCGCCAGAAGAAGGAAGAGGUCCACGAGAAGCAGGGUCACAAGUUCGUCACGCAGCAGUUCUACAACAUCAUGCGCUGUGCCCUGUGUGGCGACUUCUUGAAGUAUGCCGCGGGCAUGCAGUGUGCCGACUGCAAGUAUACCUGCCACCGCAAGUGUUAUCCCAAGGUCGUCACCAAAUGUAUCAGCAAGGCGAACUACGAGACCGACCCCGACGAGGAGAAGAUCAAUCACCGCAUCCCCCAUCGCUUCGAGGGCUUUUCCAACCUGUCCGCCAACUGGUGCUGCCACUGUGGUUAUUUGCUGCCGUUCGGGCGUAAGAACGCCAAGCGAUGCACAGAGUGCGCUCUUACUUGCCACGCCCAGUGUACACACUUGGUACCGGACUUCUGCGGCAUGUCGAUGGAAGCAGCCAACCAAAUCUUGGAGACCUUGAUUCGCGCGAAGAAUCACAACAAAUCCACCUCUGUUAGUUCUGGCCUCAGCGGCCGCACCCUUCGAUCAGCUGGUCCGCCUCCGGGCCCUUCGGACAACGCCGCCCUUGCCUAUCCACAGAAACCCAUCGAGGCCCCACCCAGGACACCUCAAAGACAGCCUUCCGCCGAAGCCAUAAGCGCCGCGACUAACUCUUAUAUGCCUCCGCAGUCCCCGACAGCCGCACAGCGACAGCAAAUGCCCCCACCGAGGACUUCCUCGGCCAGCCCUGCCGCCGCUGCUGCCGCCGCGGCGACCGGCCUACGCUCUCCACAGCAAGUAGCAGAACAAAGCCGUCCCGCCCCGCCCCAGCCCCAGCAGCCCCAGACCCCCACGCACGCUCCUUACGACCCUAGUGUGUACGCAUCCUAUCAGCAGCAGCCCAUGUCGCCUCAGGCCAUGCAGAAGGUCGGGAGCCCGUACGGCAUGCCCCAACAGCAGCAACAACCGCCCGCGCCCGUCAUGCCGCAGCCGAUGGCGGUGAAAGAAGAGGUGCCGCCGCCGCAGCAAAAGGUCCGGAUCGGACUGGAUCAUUUCAACUUUUUGGCCGUGCUCGGUAAGGGUAACUUCGGCAAGGUUAUGUUGGCGGAGACCAAGGGCAACAAGAAGCUUUACGCGAUCAAGGUGCUGAAGAAGGAGUUCAUCAUCGAGAACGACGAAGUGGAGAGCACCAAGUCCGAAAAGCGCGUCUUCUUGAUUGCGAACAAGGAGCGUCAUCCUUUCCUUCUCAACCUGCACGCCUGUUUCCAGACCGAAACCCGCGUGUACUUUGUCAUGGAGUACAUCAGCGGUGGUGAUCUGAUGCUUCACAUUCAGCGCGGCCAAUUCGGCCUGAAGAGAGCCCAGUUCUACGCGGCGGAAGUUCUGCUGGCGCUCAAGUAUUUCCACGAGAACGGCGUCAUCUACCGUGAUCUGAAGCUGGACAACAUCCUGCUGACCCUGGAUGGUCACAUCAAGAUUGCGGAUUACGGUCUCUGCAAGGAGAACAUGUGGUACGGAGCCACCACGAGCACGUUCUGUGGUACUCCUGAAUUCAUGGCCCCUGAGAUUCUGUUGGACAAGAAAUACGGUCGUGCGGUUGACUGGUGGGCAUUCGGUGUGCUCAUCUACCAGAUGCUUCUGCAACAAUCCCCCUUCCGUGGUGAAGAUGAAGAUGAAAUCUACGACGCCAUUCUGGCGGAUGAGCCCCUGUACCCGAUCCACAUGCCCCGCGAUUCCGUCUCGAUCCUGCAGAAACUGCUCACGCGCGAGCCCGAAUUGCGACUGGGGUCCGGACCCACCGACGCGCAGGAGGUCAUGUCGCAUGCAUUCUUCCGGAACGUCAACUGGGAUGACAUCUACCACAAGCGGGUUCCGCCACCCUUCCUCCCCACCAUCACCAGUCCUACCGAUACCAGCAACUUCGACCAAGAGUUCACCAGCGUUACCCCCGUUCUCACGCCCGUGCAGUCAGGUAAGGAGCCCAUCAUCCCCCGUUCCUACCCACAAGGUGCUAAUAUCUUUUUCUCCCAUCACAGUCCUGUCCCAGGCGAUGCAAGAAGAAUUCCG